AUGGUAUUAUUUGCAAUGCUUUGUAGGGUAACUGAUGGGUUAAUGCUUUCAGAAUCAAUGGAUACAUUAAAUCCAACAUUUGAUAAAUAUAGAUUACAAGCAAAAGCAAUUAUUUCAAAAUUAUCAAGAGUUUCUGAUAAAGCAGUAACUGUUGACGCCAAUGAUAAAUAUUAUUUUGCUUAUAUUAUUGAACAUGAAAUAUGUUAUUUAGCAUUUUGUGAAAAGUCAUAUUCGAAAAAAUUAGUUUUUAGAUUUUUAGAUGAUUUACAAAAAGAAUUUUACAAUACAUACGGUUUUGAAGUACCUUCUGCAAAGAGACCUUAUCAAUUUAUUGCAUUUGAAUCCUUUAUUACAAAAACAAAAAAGUUAUAUCAAGAUACAAGAGCUCAAAAGAAUCUUUCAAAUAUUUCAGUAGAAUUAGAUGAAGUAAGAAAUAUAAUGACGAAAAAUAUUAAAGAUAUAGUUGGAAGAGGUGAAAAAUUAAAUGAAUUAAAUGAUAAAACAGAAUUUCUUUUAGCAGAUUCAUUAAAAUAUGAAAAACAAACAGUAGCAUUAAGUUCAAAAUUAUUCUUUAAAAAAUAUGGUCCAAUUCUCAUUAUAGCGUUUUUUGCUUUAUUCCUUUAUAUAUAUCUUUAUUAUUUUUAA